AUGACUUUACUCUAUAUCCCUAAAUUGCCCUUUUUACUGAUGACCCCGUUGCCGUUAGCACUUGACGGUGCCGUUACCCACAUCGUCUUGUGUCUGGAUCGUGGCAGGCAAACGUGUCGGCUUCUCUAUUAA